CCGUGUAAGAGUGAGGUGGAGGAGGACAUUCCAGUCCAUGUGACCACAGGAAAUCCCAGUAAGAAUUCUGAAGAAAACAUCAUGUUAUCACUAAAUUAUAAAGAAGAAGAUGAAGAUAUGCAGCGCUCUUCAGGAGAAAACUGCAUUACCUGUAAUGUACAUCCAGGACCUCACAGUACAGAUCCAUCAUAUAAUCCUCCUAAUCAUGAGGAAUCACAGAUUGGCACCACAAGUAAUGGGCAGAAAGGAGGUAAAAGGUUUCAAUGUGGUGAAUAUGGAAAACAGCUUACAAGAAGCGUAGGUCUUUUUAGACACAGAAGAAUUCACACAGGAGAGAAGCCGCAUUCAUGUUCAGAGUAUGGGAAUUGUUUUAGCCAGAAAUCCGAUCUUGUUAAACAUGAGAGAAUUCAUACAGGGGAGAAGCCGUAUUCAUGUUCACUAAGUGACAAACAUUUUACAAAUCAAUCAGAUAUUGUAAAGCAUGAGAGCAUUCACUCAGAACAGACACCAUUUUCAUGUUCAGAAUAUGGGAAAUGUUUAACAAAUAAAUCAGGUCUUGUAAAACAUGAGCAAAUUCAUAUAGAGAGAAAUCAUUUACGUUCAGAAUUUGGGAAAUGCUUUCUAGAUAAAUCAGAUCUUGUUAUAGUUGAGGUAACUCACACAGGAGAGAAACCAUAUUCAUGUUCACAAUGUGGGAAAUGCUUUACAAACAAACCAAGUCUUGUUAAACAUGAGAGAAAUCACACAGGAGAGAAGCCAUAUUCAUGUUCAAUAUGUGGCAAAUGUUUUACAAACAACUCCCAUCUCAUUACACAUAAGAGAAUUCACACAGGAGAGAAGCCAUAUUCUUGUUUAAUAUGUGGGAAGUGUUUUACAGCAAAAUCAAAUCUUGUUAUACAUGAGAGAGUUCACACAGGAGAGACCCCAUAUUCAUGUUCUGUAUGUGGGAAAUGCUUUACAGUUAAAUCAAAUCUUGUCAAACAUGAGAGAAUUCACACAGGAGAAAAGCCAUAUUCAUGUUCAGAAUGUGGGAAAAGUUUUAUAGAACAAGCAAAACUUCGUUAUCAUCAGAGAAUUCACACAGGAGAGAAGCCGUAUUCAUGUUCAGAAUGUGGGAAAUGUUUUACAAAUAAAUCAGUUCUCGUUAGGCAUCAGCGAAUUCACACAGGAGAAAAGCCGUAUUUCUGUUCACUAUGUGGGAAAUGUUUUACAAAUAAAUCUGUUCUUGUUAGACAUCAGAGAAUCCACACAGGAGAGAAGCCAUUCUAAUAUUUUGUAUGGCAAAGUUUUUAAAGCAUUAAAUACACAAUACCGCUCACUACCUUCUCCACUACUAGUCCACUCCAAACCUGCCAGAGCUAGACCACAAUCGCAUAUCAAUAGAUAAAUCAAGAUUACCUUGCUAUUGAUUCUUCCGCUGCUGUGAUCUUUGUUACGCUCCUGUUGCAGACUUAACAAUAGGAUUCUUGUGGGACUGGUAUCUCUUGUGCAGGAGUACUCCCCGGCCGGUGCCGUUCUUCGUACUGAUAAGUUUGAAA